CAGCAGGUGUACACCGCUCUGACAGGUACCCCGGCGCAUGCGCAGUCGGCGUGCUCGGAAUCGCAGGCCGCCUGGAAUAGCGGAAGAAGCUGAUUGAUCGUUGCUUUCAGGGCAAAAGUGGGAACACAGACUGCUUCUGAAGCCAUGAGUACAAAUAACCAAUGGGAUGUAAACAAAGCACUUACUCUUGCCAGUCUUUUCCAUUUUCUUUAUGGUGCAGGAAAUGCUUGUGCAAUCCCAUUUUUAACACUCUACUUUAGGCAGCUUGGGCUGACUGCACCUCUAGUAGGGAUUAUAAUAGGACUCAAGCAUUUAAUCACUUCUCUUUGGGCCCCACUCUGUUCCUAUCUAUCAAAAGCCCACAAUAAAAGGAAAGUAUUUAUUAGUGGGUCAUUGUUUUGCUCAGUUGCAACAGUUUUGCUACUUACACUCAUCCCACCAGUGAGCAAAGAUAUUAUUUAUAAAUAUUGCAACAUGAGCCAGCAUCCCACUAAACAACUGACUACAACACAAGUGCCUUAUAUAACUAUGAACCAUCUGAAUGCAAUGAAUGAUAACUCUUUUGCCGAUAACAAAAUGUGGUCUACAGAAUCACUUGGAAUGAUCUCAAAGGACCAAGAGUCUAAGAAAGAACCAACAGUAAUGUAUACCUCAUUCAAAAUAAAAAAUAUUAAAACUCCUAUGAUAAACCAAGGUAGCAAUGAUGUUGCUAUAAAGCCACAGCAAUUUGUAGAUGCCUCUUCUGGUGUGACAUCUGGUAUUUCUGGGGAAGCUUUUGUCCCAGCAGAGCAAAAUUUGGAAAAAACUACCGUGAAUGUGCCUUCGAAAGAAACUGCUGGCAUCAUGACUGUCAAAGAAAAUGCUGACCAAAACGACUUGAGAAGAAAGAGUAACUUCACAUUUUACACAACCCCAUCAGCUGUUACAGAGGUACCUUAUGUACUGAAAAAUCUAUCAGGGCGCAGGGAAAGAGCACAAGAUAUAAGCUCUCAGUUACUUCAGGGCACUAACUUCUUGGACAGUGAGCAUCAGGUCUUCCUUAUGGUGUUAGGUGAUAUUGUCCUUUGGGAGCUGCUGGCUGGACCACUUGAGUGGAUGGUUGAUGACAGUCUCUAUGAAUACCUUGACUUUGUGGAUGCUGCUGAUAGAUAUGAGAACCUUUGGAUCUGGAGCUACUUGGGAGCAUCUGUGGGUGUCUGCAGCACUGCAAUAUUUGUGGAUCAACUGAAUUGCUUUCUGAGUACUAAUAUUCCACGUUUUGCCAUGCAUUUUUAUGGCUAUGCCUUGUUCAUGACACUGACGUUACUUGUCAGUACCUUCUUUCCCAUUUAUGUGUCAGAAAAAAAAGAACAUGUCAAUAAAACAGUCAAAGCUUUGAACCUCAUUGGGAGUGACGGUCGAACCAUCCUGUGUGCUGUCACCAUCUUCCUCACAGGAGCUAUUGGCUCAACUGUGCAGAAUUUCCUUUUCUGGCAAAUGCAAGAUCAAGGCAGCCAUGAAUUAUUCAUGGGCCUCUCGGUGACUAUUGGACUAAUUGCUGAAAUCCUGCUCUAUAUCUUCAAAGGCAAACUGCUAAAGGCGCUCUCUGGUGGUGGCACAGUUGCCUUGGGAUUAAGUUGCAUGGCAGCACAACUGCUCUACUAUUCUUUCCUCUGGAAUUCCUGGGCUGUGCUGCCAAUCCAGGUCUUCUGCGCCUUCAGCAAUGGCGCGUUAUGGUGGGCAGUGAACAUGCUGACAGAUGACGUGGCCACUCCUGGCACAGAAAGGUCUCUGCACUUGGUCCUUCAAGGCCUCUCUCAUGGAUGUGGAGCCAGUUUAGGCAGCUUUGCAGGAGGGUUUGUUGUGAACAGCUUUGGUUUAGCAAUGCUCUACAGAGCAUGUUCCAUUACCUUAAUAUUGUGGCUAGUUUUGUUCUUGGUUGCUCAAUCUAAAUUACCACGACAUAAAAGGAUUAAUUAUUCCCGUCUCUUAGCUGCAGAUUCUAGUGAUAUGAGUGAUUCUGAUUAUGAUGAAGAGAAAGAAAGGGACUGGCUUGUAAAAGCUAUGAAAGAUGACAACUUUACUAGGAAUUGGUAACUAAGACUGGAUUUCAACAGUCCACUGCUUCAUCAGAAAGUAGACUACGGAGAAUUAGGGUGAAGUUUUUAGAAAUAAUCCAGACCGGAUCUGUAAGAAUGUAUUCUAUUGGCAAGUCAAUUUUAUGAUGUACAUAUUUGCUCAGGAAAUUAUUAUAAAGAUUUUAUAAAUAUUUUAUUUUCUUAAGAUUAAUUUAUUGUACAUAUUUAUAACAAGUCUGCUUUUCUAAAAUGUUCAUUUUCAAAACUAGGGGCUUUCAACAGAAAUAUUCUGGAGGUUUUUUUCCCUUGAUGAGAAUUGGCUUUACAGAGACUGAUCAUUUUUCUAAACACAGAAUUCUUGUUUAAUUAUUCUUACUUUUAAUCACAAUUAGUUACUUUAAAAAUGUUCUCCUUGUUUUUCUUUUUUAAAAUUAAAGGUCAUUACAGAUAUUUCAGUAUUUUGAAAACUGAGCUGAAAUUCUAAGGCACCAUUUAAUUCUUUAGAAUGGCAUUUUUUCUUAAAUCUACAGGAUACAUUUGAUCUAAUGUUUAAAAUAUUCAUAUAUUAAAAUGUUUCCCCCCAAUAGUUGAAAUAUGACCAUAAGACCCUCACAAAUGAUACAUUAGGGGUAUAAAUUAGAAUGGUCACUUACUUCCUGUUCAAAUGGAAAACAAACAUGCAUAGCAUUUGCACAUGCAAAUUUAUAUUGAUAUAUUGCAAAUCUAGAGAUAAAUAAAAAUAUAUCUCACCAUAAUGAAGGAGCCUGCUACUUAGGUGCUGAUGAUUUUAGCUGCUACUUUCCCUUUUUGUUGUCUUUUAAACCAGAUUUGGCCUCCAAAUAGAAGUUUCUUCUCUAUAAAAUGUGGUCACACAAGCAGUUUAUAGGUGGCUUUAGCAUUCUAUCUUGCAUUAAUAAUAUUUAGAAUUCUUAUGUUUCUAUACAUCUUCAGGAUAUAUGGAAAAUAUUAUUUUGGGUUUUUUUCUGUAUGUUUUAUUCUUCCAGUAUAAAAUAUGACCUUUUGUAAAUAUCAGCGAUUUUGUCUAAAUAUACAAUGGUAAUACAAUCUGGUUUAACAGAUUCUUUUUUCAGAACAAGAAGGCAAUAAUAAUAAACUGCUUUGAGGGCUACAGUCUCACAGUAAAGCAUCUGAUUCCCAACACGUUUAUUUAGAAAAUGCACUAUUAACAAUUAUUGCCUUUGUAUGUACAAUUACUGAAGAAUGGGCUAAAGUUUCAGAAGAAUGUUGUAAGAAUCAUGG